AUCCACCAUUUUAAAGAUACGAGAAACCCGUAAACGCAGAUUCAUAGAGAAUGGACAUAUCUAGCAGAUUGCCGAAUCUGAAUCAGAUCGGAUUAUUAUUACAGCCAGAAGGAACAAUUCAGUUUUCAUGGGCUACGCAGCGCCGUCCACUCACACACUCUUCGUCGUGCAAUGUGUGCGCUCUCUGACGGAGUGGCGUCAUACUGACUGAGCAUCGGGUAUCAGAAUGAGCGCGAGAGAUUGCGAAAGCAGCUUAGAUGCUGUUGAGCCAACAAUAAUUGAGAUCUACUAGAACUCCUUUAGUCUUUACACCUAACGCAACCUUCUUUCGAUUAUACGACCCGCAUUUAUGGCUCCUCGACUCUUAUCGGAAUUGCAAGGCAAAAACGCGAAGCGAUGAAGCAGAGAACUUUAGUGAUAGCUGGAAAAGAGGCGAAACAUGACUGAUUCGGCGACAGUACCUGAGAUAAUUCCAUUUGAAGAUAUCGCACUGGGAGAGAUCCUCGGAAGGGGCUACUAUGGACAGGUCUAUAAAGCAGUGUGGGGCGACCUUUCGAUUGCCGUCAAGAGGAUACAAGAGGGCUUCGAGGACAAGGAAUUCAAGAGGGAGGUAAACCAGUUGUCGAAGAUCAGCCAUGAAAAUAUCAUAAAGCUCUAUGGCGUCUCAAUACACGAGAGAACAGUCCAUCUACUCAUAGAGUAUGUCGAUGGUGGAUCUCUGCACAAUUUCCUGCAUGCCGAAUGGAAGCCAAGCUACACGUUGGCUCAUGCCAUCAACUGGGGACUCCAGAUCGCAAAGGGUGUUGCUUAUCUUCAUGCCAUGAAACCCAAAGCGGUGAUACAUCGCGACAUAAAGGCCCUCAAUUCACUGCUGGGGCAGAGGGGCCUCCAUCUGAAAAUCUGUGACUUUGGCACUGUUGUGGACAUGACCAAUUCGAUGUCGACCGAUCGAGGCACUGCCCUCUAUAUGGCACCCGAGGUAUGCAGGGGUAAACACUACACCGAGAAGUGCGAUGUACAUAGCUGGGCCAUGACCCUCUGGGAGAUACUAUCGCGUAGGCAGCCGUACGGAAAUCUUAUUACCCAUUAUCAGGUCACAAUGGCCGUGAUCACAGGUGAACGGCCACCAUUGGAUCAGGUAAGGGUGGACUGUCCUGAGCACAUAAAACUCUUGAUGAGAGACUGUUGGGAUCUGGAUCCCAGCAGAAGACACUCGAUGCAGGAUGUCGUCACGGUCUUGAAGGAGUUCAUUACAAACAAUGAGGAUCAACUCAAGCCUUUGGAGUAUGUAUUCAGGAAUCAGGAAGUGCUGCCCUUAUAAACUGUAUAUUAAGGAAUAAGAAAUACAGAGAUUUGUGUAUAAUUUCAAGAGGUUUUGAAUGAAUAGUUUCGUUUAGCUUUUAAAAAGGAACCAGCUUUAAUUGAUCUCUUUCGAACGAUAUACAAAAUGGGGUUUAUGUAGUUCUUGGUACGUUUUCAUUGUUUUGAAAUGACAAAACAUAGUUAUUGAUUAUAUAAAAUGUUGGUUUGUGUGUGUGUUUGUUAAUUGUUCUGUAAUUAAUAAACAAAUAUUAAAUGUGAACGUUAA